AUGCCUGCCAGUCACUCACCCGCCGCCCCCAUGCUGCCUCCCAUCCCCGUCCUCGAGGACUAUGGCCUCUCGCCAACCACUGGCUUCCUGCCGCGCACCCUGCCGCUGACGCGCCUGCCGGACCCCUACUACAACAAGUGGGAGGCCAUCGCCGCCAACCUCCAGGCCCACGUCCUCAGCAGGCGACUUCGCGGCGUUGUUGACAACCUGCCCGUGCUGUCCACCAUCGGCCUCGAGCACGACGCCGAGUGGCGCCGCGCCUACUCUCUCCUGUGCUUCAUCGCCCACGCCUACGUCUGGGGCGGCGACACCCCCGCGGACCGCCUCCCGGCGUCCGUCUCUGUGCCGCUGCUCGACAUCUCGAAGCACCUCGAGGUCCCGCCCGUCGCCACCUACGCCGCCGUGUGCCUGUGGAACUUCAAGCCGCUCUUCUUUGAUGAGUCCAUCGACAACCUGGAGAACCUCGCCACCCUCAACACCUUUACCGGCUCCAUCGACGAGUCGUGGUUCUACCUGGUCUCCGUCGCCAUCGAGGCUCGCGGCGGCCCCAUCCUGCCGCUCAUGCUCACGGCCUUCGGCGCCGCCCGCCGCGACGACGCCCGCACCGUCACCCGCUGCCUCUGCGCAUUUGCCGAGCGCCUCACGGACCUGACGGCCAUCCUGCAGCGCAUGAACGAGAGCUGCGACCCCACCAUCUUUUACCACCGCAUCAGGCCCUUCCUCGCCGGCAGCAAGAACAUGGCCGAGGCGGGCCUCCCCCACGGCGUCAUCUACGAGGACGGCUCCGGCACCGAAAAGUACCGGCAGUACGCCGGCGGCAGCAACGCCCAGAGCAGCCUGAUCCAGUUCUUCGACGUCGCGCUCGGCAUCCGCCACCGGUCGACCGGCGAGGCCGCCGGCGCGCCGGCGCCCAAGCACGGCUUCAUCCAGGAGAUGCGCAAGUACAUGCCGGCGGCGCACGCGCGGUUCCUCGAGGACUCGUCGCGCGCGGCCAACAUCCGCGAGUACGUCGACGCGCACCGCUCCGACCGCGCCCUGUGCCUCGCCUACGACGCCUGCCUGGCCAUGCUCAGCGCCUUCCGCGACAAGCACAUCUCCAUCGUGACGCGCUACAUCAUCAACCCGUCCCGCGAGGCCCGCGCGCGCAGCCGCGGCCGCGAAGAUAUGGACGCGCCCCCGCGCAAGCGCGUCAACCUCGCCACGGCGGGCAAGCUCGCGCAGGAAAAGGGCAGCCAACGCGGCACCGGCGGCACGGCCCUCAUCCCCUUCCUCAAGCAGGCCCGCGACGAGACGGGCGAGCCGGCGGUCGAGGAGUGGACCAAGCGGUUCAUGAAGCGCAAGAUGGGCUCCGUGGGCAGCGUCGACAGCGCGCGCGUGGACAUGCUGCUACCGCAGCCUACAGUCGUGGACAAGGAGAAUGUGGAUGUCAAGGGCCUGGCAUGGUCGUGGACGAUGGAGGACGACGUCGGCGGCAUCUGCAUGGUGUAG